AUGUCGGUGAACAUCACAGUUAAUGGAAAAUUUGCCAAACAUUGUCGUCCCUAUUCAGUGUUGGAUGAUCCACAAGAAGUUAGGAAGGCGGAGGAAAAAGAAAGAAGAAAAUUGCGUCUUUUGCAGGUACGCGAGGAAUCCAAAAAAUUGGCCAAGAAGAUACGGGACGAAGUUAAUGAGGAGAAAAAGCGGGAAUUGCAAAAAUUACAGGCAACUAAAGAACGAGAAUUGGAAUGUUGGCGCCAGCAUGCCUUACAACGUAAAGGUGAAGAAUAUCGUGGGGCUAUAUUUCAAAUUGGCACCGCUCAUCAGGCUGCCAAAAGGGAGAAUGAACAAAGAGCAGAAAAACAACAAGGAACCUAUAAGGAUUUCAAGAAACAAAUGGCCGCUAGGAAAUCACAACCAGGAAAGGUAAAAUUUAGCUGCCAGACUAACUGUCCGUGUCAACAAACUCCAGCUGAUGCCAAGAAACAGUUUAAAUGCACUUGCACCCAAACUGAUAAACCUAGUACAACGAAUAAAUAUAAUGAUGAAGCUAACAAACGUAAACGAGAUGUUAGUUUUUCUUCUAGUGAAUCAGAAUGUGAAGAUGAAGGUUAUAAGGAGCAAACCACUUUGCCACAAACUUCAUUUUCACUUAGUUCAUCGUGUGAUAGUACCUCAUCCUCUUUUAUUAAUAAUCAAACAACCCAAACUUCCAUGUUUGUGCCUACAACAAAUAAAUGUUUAAUUAAAACUCCGGCCGUGUAUUUAGAUGUUGAAGUGGGUACAGAUGAUUCUGUGACAAUAAGUGCUCCGGCAGAAGUAAAAGACAAACAUGCCGAAUAUAAUAGACAAUUUAGUAGUGUAAUAAGAGUAAGUCCUCGAAAAGGACGCAAAGAAAAGGAAAAUACAAAUGAAAAUCCGUGUACGCAGCAGUCAUCAACUACCACUACUUUGACUAGUGAUACAACAGCCAAACAAAUGGAGGUGAACAAAGCAUUUGUAGAAAAAUCGCAACCUAAAAAUGUUGCCGUCUCAAAGGAAAAACGUUUUACCAUAAUUUCUGAUUUGGUUAAAAAGCAACAAGAUAAUGAACCCAAAGCAACCAAUAAUAACCAAGCACCUACUUUAGCUGCUCUUUCCCAGGCAACAUCUGCAACAGCAACUCCUCUUUUAUCUCCUAGAAAACAAUUAAGGGAAACAGCUCAAAGACCUCCUCUAGCACGACCCCAAACUCAAUCACCACGCAAGGCUAGUGCAACUUCAAAGUCUUCUAGAUCAAUAACCGACAACACACAACCUGUAACUUCAUUUACAGCAACGACCAAAAGUAAUACUGCUGUAGUCAGUGGCAGUAGUAGUUCAGGGCGAGUGCAAUUUUUUGAUUAUAAUAGUAAAUUGGCCAAGGAACGAGAUCAAUCGGCAGCGGCGGUAAGUGUACACAGGCAAAGAGAUCAAACACAACCCACGGCUAUGGAACAGGCAGAAUUGGAGAAUCAGAGGGAAAGGGAAAGACAGCUGGAAGCUUUAAAAAAAUGCCAACAAAUAGAAGAACGUGGUCAAAAGGCUUUGGAACGUGAACAAGUUCGACGAGAUUGCAAUGAAUUGACCGAAAAACUAGAAGCCCUUACACGGGAAUACCCCAAUCAAGUGCCCACAAAUGAAAAUCAACUACAUCUAUUUGCUGACAAACAAUUACGUAAAGAGGGUAAAAUGAACACGGCUGUGGAGAAAUUACUCCAAAGACCAACUAUAAUAACCUGUUCUGAACUUAAUAACCCGGAAAACAUAGAAAUCAGACCUAAAAUACUUACCUCGGCAAUGAAGUUAGUGAAUGAAUUAAAUGUGGCUGCUCUAAACAAUACACCUUUACCGGCAGAUGAUGUAUCCAGUGAUAGUUGUUGCUCUAUACUCUUGGGCUAUGUGGACGAUCAAAGUAGACUUGUGAAACAAGAUUUACAAAGCAACGAGGCAACUCAAAGUCAAUCGAAGCAUAAAAGAUUACAAAAUCUACUUAAACGUUUGGAUCAACUUCGCACUUCCUUGGUACAAGAAUUGAAAAUUGAAAGUGAAUCUAAAACGAAAAAAAGGCCAGCAGAUAAAGCUCAAUCUUCCACAAAAGAGGAAAAUCUUAGACAAGUUAUCGAUAGCAUAAGUGAAAUGCGUAAAGAACGUGAACAGUUAUUGACGAAUGAAAAAGUUCAAGAACCAGCAAAACCUUUAAGAGCUAGAGAAAAGGAGUUACUAGCUAAGGAAGCCUUGCUAGAGCAAAAAGUAAGAGAGUUUUAUGAACUGCAAAAGCAGCCAAUAAAAACAAAAGAUAAAAAAUUAACACGUACUAAAAGUAAGGAGGAAAAGCAAGAAACAACUUCAUCUUCUAAAGAUAAUAGUGAAAAUUCGGAAAAUACUUCUAAUGACAAGGAAAAUGUAGUCUGUACCUCGGGGGAGAACCCCUUAGAAAUUAUUAUAACCGUAAAAGGAGAUACUGCCUGUGUUAAAGUACCACAAAAACCUAAAAGAAAAAUGUUACCCAAAAAAAGUCCCAGUAAAUUGUCUACAUUAAUAAGAAGUCCCCAAAUGAAAAAACAUACACCCAAAAAGAAAACACCUGCAACAAAACCAUCAUUAGCAGGACAAGGUGUUUUAAGAAGACAAAAUUCCUAUGAUUCCAAUUCAACUUCUUAUAUGAGUUUGCCGCCGGAUAUGCCAAACAAAAUUGAUGAUUUAACUAAACAUUUAGCUAAAGAAAGGCAACAGCCUUCAGCUAAAAAUAAAAAAUUAACUGAUGGGGAAAAACAAAUUACUUCAACUCAAGAAAAGCCAGCAGAAUCAGAAAUUUCCUUAGAACCAUUUGAUACACCCAGGUCUAAUCAACCGCCCCGUAUAAAUCCCUUAAUAGCGCAAUAUGUACAACGUUUGCUGGGCAUGUCGCGUAAUGCGGUACAAAAACUGGGUGUAAGCUCUUCAGACAUUGAAACUCCCGGUUCAAGCAUCAUCAACACAACUGGCAAUAUUACAAAUUCCGAUACUUUAAUAUCAGAUGAACGUCUUAUUAAUAUACACAACUUUAUGGAAGAAAAUCGCAGUUUUAUUAAAGAUCUAGAACAAUCUAUGAGAUCACAAAACAAUGUAUCCCUAGAGAAUAGCAUGAGAAUGUUUGAUGAUAUAUGGCGCAAAAGAUUGAAAAGUCAGCCUUCAAAUAAUUAUAAAAAUAAAAUAUCCCAAGAUAAGACAGAAAUUAAACAAAAACCCAGAGAUAAAGAUAAUAAAAUUCCACAGAAUUCCUCCUUAAAAACAAAGAAGACUUCUAAAGAUAAUAAUGUGCCGCAAACAAACAAACCUCUAGCUAGCAGUAGUAAAACCAUAGAGAGAAAAUUAUCCACAGAUGAUUUGCUUAAAGAUUUAGGCAGAAGUCUGUCAUCUCACUAUUCAAGCGAUGAUAAAGAAUCACUGAAAUCUUUAAAUAUACAAAAAAGGACCAUACAAAAGGCUGAUAAAGCAAUUGAUACAAAACUGUCAACAGAUUCUAGUAAAACAGAACCCGAUUCACAAAUUGCUCGUUAUGCUAAACUAACCGAAAAUUGCACUCAUCGCAUAGCCGAACUAACCGAACUGAUCAAUCGUGUGCGCGAAGAAAAACAACGUCUUCUGGAAGUCACCCUUAGUUCGGUCAGUGACAAUGGUAGACAAUCUACCGAAUAUCUCGAACUACCUGAAGGUAAAACCAGCACACGCCAUGAUCAAGAUGACUUAACUCGCGUUAGUUCCAGCUCCGAGGAAACCACACAAAAUAAACAGUCUCUCAGUACGGAUACUCUAAAUGAAAUGCCCAAAUUAACGUCUGCCGAUAAACAUAAACAAAUCACUGCCAGUCGUGAUAGUGGCAUAGCCGAAUCACGACCCAUUACUGCCCUAGAGAAUCGCAUUGAUCAGGAACCCUUUUCACAAACUUCCUCUGAAAGUACUAUGCCUCAACCAGCACGCAAAUUGAAGCCGCCACCUACUCUUAAGCGUUUUAGUCCUCAAUUGCCAGAGGAAGAAUUAGCUCACGAAUUAUCUACCAUUUUGGAGGUAGAUACCCCGGUAACAUCACGCAUCAAUACAGCUGCUGGUCAAUCGGCCGAUGAUCGUGAAAAUGCUUCUGAUACGGGUUUGCAAGAGCCCGUGAAAUUUCCCACAUUUGAGCAAUACAUACAACAAUUAGAUUUGGAUAUAAACCAGCUGAAUCCCGAACAAAGUAUACAUUUGCAACAGGAAUUUACUACAUUUUUGGAGUGUCUGCAACAAAAUCGUUCGCCAGGGGAUCCCCCACAAUACACCGAAUUUCCAUCCAUCUCUGCCUACAUACAACACUUAAGUGAAGCUGAUCAUCAGCUUGGCGAAACAUUGGAAGAAUCUUUAGCUCAACUGCGCAUAAGUGGCAUACAUCCUCGCAAUUUCCCAGUAGUUCGCGAGUACAUAAAACGCAAUACCUCCAAAUCAUCACCCGAUGAGCAGCAGCUAUUGGAUACCGAAAGUUUGGAAAAUAUUACAGAAGAACCAACACGAACAAAUACCGAUGAUACAGCUUCUCUAGAUAUUGAGGAAGAACUAAAGAAAAGAAAAAUCUUGAAAAAUUCAUUCCGUUUUAUUGAAACAAAAAAACAGCAGAUAUUUUCCUCGACCGCUCACAAAGAUGCGGCCUUUUUUCAAGACAUUAUAGCAGCUGAAAGUGGUGUAGACAAAUUGUCUACAUCGGGUAAUACUAGUGAUUUGUUGGAUAGUGAUUUGAAAAGAAUGGUGCAACAAUGGCCGGGAGAGGAGAGAAGAAAAUCUAAAGACGUUAAGAUUUUAAGUAGUACCACAACAUCGACCAAUGCAUCAGCUUUGGCUAAUUCGGCUUUAAGGGCUGCCUCCUUAGAUGAUAGCUCUAAAAACUCGGGUAAAGCCUUAAAUUUACGUGAUUUCUUAACACGAGAACUUUUAAAACAUGUUAAUCUCACCGGCUCCAGCAGCAACUCCAGCAGUGACGAUUCCUUACGUAAUCAUUUUUUACAUUCCCUUAUUGGUACGCUGACGCCUCGUACUCCAGGCGCAGCUAGCAAAUCCGGUGCUAUGACUUUGGAUCGCCAAAAGACUUCAACCCCGGUGCCGAUGCAAUCAUCACAAACACAUUCCACUGCCAGCAGUCGUUCAAAUGGCUCAAGUCAAUUGUUUUCGGGUGAAAGUCGUUUAUCAUCGGUUCAUUAUCAGGAUCGUUCGGUACGUUUCUUUACCAGUGAUGGCGAUAAAGCCGAUCAAAGUUCGGAAUAACGCAGGCCGAUAAUUUUAACUGUGGUUUUAUUUAUAGGGAGUUGUUAGGU